UGGGAGCAUACGGGUUCCUCUUCCGCCAAUCCCUCUUCUUCGCCACGUAGCUCUCUUCGUCCGUUCUUCCUUCUGCUCCGGCAAGUCCGGGACAGCUUCGCAGAAGGGCCAAGAAAUCAGUCGUCAGGUGAAUCGGGAGGAGCGGUAUCCUGAGGAGGAGAUGAUCACGCGAGCGAAGCUCGUGGAGCAGUUGAGGGACCACCAGAUCCGGUCGGCCCAGUCCUACUCAGCCGCCCUCGCCGUCUUCUCGCCCAACCCCCACAUCGCCUCCAGGAGGGAUCUCAAGGUUGCUCUCAUCUAUGCUGUAUUGUUUUGUUUUCUCAUGGUAUCCUGCUAUGUUGCCCUUUACUUGAAAUGGUUCAGACUUUCAGCCAUGUUUGUAUUUUUCGGAAUUCUUCUCCCAGUAAGUCUCAAAAUCUCUAGGCAUGGAAGGCUCAAGAGGAAAAGAGAAAGGAGAUUGUUGUUACCUCUGUCCAUGUGAAUAUGUUUUGAUAUCUUGUAACAUUUCAGUAAAAUUGCUCAACUACAGAUAGGAAAUUCCUGGCGGAUUACUCAAUUAACAGCCCCAGCUUACACUUUCCAAAAUGUUGUAUGUAUCACUUGUUCUGCUGUUAUGCGCAUGCGUACAUAUGCUCCGACACUCCUGUCCUGGUUUCCCGCCUUUUCUUUUUUCAAACUUAAUCCUGGACAGAUAAUGCAUAUUGUUAGAGUUUCUGACAGCAGAUCUUGGACAAA